AUGCAUGAGAGGACUCCGUUUUUUGAUACAGGUGAAGAGGAUUGCAACCUGGACGGCGGUGUAGAGUUUCGGGUUGGCCAUAAGUUUAGAAGCCGAGAGGCAGUACUUCAGGGUGUGAAGAACUACAGUAUUAGGGGUAGUGCGGAGUACCGGGUGAUUGAAUCAGACCAGUUCAAGUACCAUGUGCAGUGCCGUCAAGCUGAGAAUGGGUGUCAAUGGAGCCUCUGUGUGGCCCUUCGGGAGGUUCGGAGGGUGGGUGGAGUGCAUAGUUGUCUAGCACCCACCAUGUCUCAAGACCAUUGUCAGUUAGAUAGCAGUCUGAUCUGUAGAGUUAUCUUGCUGUUGAUUCAGUCCAACCCCUCUAUAAGCAUUCUAAUUUUGCAAGGUACGGUCCAAGCAAGCUAUUACUUCAAACCGUCCAACAAAAAGGUGUGGAUGGCCAAGCAGAAGGCAAUUGCACAGAUAUACGGAGAUUGGGAAGAGUCGUACAAUAAGGUUACGAAGUUGUUUAAGGCACUUCAAAGCUGUUUUCCUGGUACCAUUUGUGACCUACGCGUCAAACCGUUCUAUGAUGGACACCUCUUGGUACGUGACAGCAGUAUGUUCGACAAGGUAUUUUGGAAUUUUCCGUCAUGUGUCGAAGACUUCAACCAUUGCAAGCCUUUUGUGUCUGUAGAUGGUACGUAUCUGUAUAGCAGGUACGGUGGUGUGUUGCUUAUUCUGGUGGCGCAAGAUGGGAAUAGCAACAUCCUGCCUAUUGCUUUUGCCAUUGUGGAGUUCGAGAGCACCGAGUCAUGGUCGUUCUUCCUAACUAAUCUGAGAUGCCAUGUCACCCCACAAGAUGGCCUGCUGGUUAUCUCCGACAGAUCUUAG